UUGGUUUUUAACAUAUUGCGGUUUUAACGCGCAGAAAAUAACACGGUUAAACGUUAGAUAAACGUACGUUACACAGUUUAAAUGGGUUAAACGCAAUUCUAUUCGAAAUAUUUUUGGUAUUCACUGAGAUGGAUGAUAGCAGCAUUUUAGAUGAAGUGCUAAUGAACGAUUCUCUGUCGUUAUCCGACGCAACAAAAGCUAGCGUGAGUUACAAUACUUGUAACAGGGCAGGCAUGGACAAUAUUGGCUGGUGUGAAAACUGCAAUAAAAGUGCUCAGGACAUGCAGAGUCGUCACAAAAGACAUUUGGAUAUGGUUAAACAAAAGCUACUUUUCACAGAUAACUUGAUACAAAUGUACGCCAAGUGUAAAAGCAAACUUGAUGAUGCGAUGAUGAAGGUAACCUCACUUGAACAACAAUGUGAGAAAAAAGAGACAGACAAUCAACUAAUUCAACAACAGUUAGAGGCUUUACUUGCAAACAAAAACACAAGUGAGGUUGAAAACUUGCAGAAAAGGAUUUCAACUUUACAACAAUCUAAUGAGAGUCUUCAGGAUAAAGUAUCUGGAAUGGAGAUGACGCGUCAAAUGUACGAGCACAAGAUUCAAUCAAUGAAAGAAGAAGAGUCGGUGAAACGAGAUACCAAGAAACAACAUAAUCAUGAUAUGAAUGCACUUGAAAAAGAGCUAAAACAAACUCGUAAGAAGCUUGAAAACAUAGAAAAAGAAAACGAAAAGUUGCAGAAAAAAUUGGAAAUUGCCGCUGCUGGUCGUCGCUUGCGUCGUAACACAGGUUCCCACACUACAGACUCAGAGAGACCUUCGACUGCCGACUCUAAAGUUGACGGUUCAACUACAAAUGACAGCGAAACAACUCCUUUUAAGGAACCGGUCAAACGAAAGAAAUCAAAAAAAGUUCACCGAAGAAAAUCCGNCACCACAGAAGAAAGUGAUGACGAUNAAAAAAACUCAGAGAGACCUUCGACUGCCGACUCUAAAGUUGAUGGUUCAACUACAAAUGACAGCGAAACAACUCCUUUUAAGGAACCGGUCAAACGAAAGAAAUCAAAAAAAGUUCACCGAAGAAAAUCCGCCACCACAGAAGAAAGUGAUGACGAUAAAAAAAGUCUGGAGCAAUCUGUGAAGAAGUUUGCUCGCAUCAAGAGUUUUGCAUCUGAUGAUCAAAUCUCAUCAUCCUCGCAUGUUGAACAAAAUGUUGGCAAAAAUAAGGGCUGA